UAUAGCUAGGUUAAUUGUGGAUCAAGAAUCAAUGUCGAAGCAAAUGGGAAUACGUUUUCAUCCUACUGAUACGGAGUUAAUCAACUAUCUUAAGAGGUUUUUCAAAGGUGAAUUAUCAUUAAAUCAACAAUGUCCUAUCCAAUUUGCGGAUAUAUAUGGAGAUCAACCACCAUGGGAGAUAUUUGGAGCUAAUUCUAAAGAGAAGUUUCAUUACUUCAUUACUCCUCUGAAGAAGCGGAAGAUUAAAGAUAAAAGGUUUUGUCGAACUUGUGUUAAAGGGACGUGGAAAGGGCAAACCGCAGAAGAUCUUAUAAGGAGGAAUAAUAUGGGUCCUGUGGUAGGGUUUAAGAGAAAUUUCAGGUUUGAAACAAGUGAGUGUGGCCAAAAUAAAACCUGGUUGAUGAUAGAAUAUCGUGUUGCGGAUAGUUUCUUUAAGGAAAACAAUCAUAUUGUUAAAGAAGAUUUUGUAGUGUGUCGAAUCAAGAAGAAGAAGGAUGUGGAUCAUCAUGUUAUGGAUGCAGAAGAUGAAGGUGUUGCGGGUGUUAUUGAUCCUAUGUUGUUGCUUGAACCUAAUCAUAAUAACGACUACUCCACAACGGAAUUAGAUCAAGUUAGGGUUUGUGAGGCUAUAACUUUGAAUGAUGAUGUUCAAAACAGUAAUACAAUGGAGAAUAGAGAGACAUCGUUGGAAGUAGAAGAAAGCGACAGAGUUGAUGGUAUUAGAGGUGAUGAAGAUAUGUGUAGAAUAUUCGAGGACAUCCUUGACGUUGAUAUUCCUAAUGUAAUUGAUGAUAUUAAAAGUGAUGAAGAUAUGUAUAGAAUGUUUGAGGACAUCGUUAUUGGUAUUCCGGAUGAAUGGUUAGAGGAUUCAUUAGUUUGAAAAGAAAUUGUAUAUAGUUUAAUUUUGCUCAUGUAUAAAUAAAGAUACAUUUUGUCGAUGUUCUGAUUAUGAAUUGUGCUAACCCGUCUCUUUUUUAGGUUAAUCCUAGCUAACUCCAUAUAAUUAGUGGGUACAACGAAUUAAAGAAGUAAUAUAGGGGAAAAAACAGGCAACCAGACAUUAAUUAUAGUUAUGUUUUAAUUAUACUGCUAAAUUUUAUGAAUUUAACUGAAGCAUGACCUACCGAGUACGCAUAUCCUGUAUUUGACAUGAAAAAUAAUAACAGCAGCGUGCAUUAUGAAUCACUGGUAGGUGUAGUAUCUGCUGCUUCAGAUGAUCUAACUAUUGCUUC